AUGAUCCUCGACAUACAGAGUCCAAUACGCUCGCUCACAGCUCUAUUCGCAAGCUGGAAGGUCUUUCUCUUCUCUAUAGCUCUAUUCUCAUCCGUAGCUCCCGACUACGACACAUCUACCUCCCUCUUCCUGACGCGCCUCUACUCCUCCUCAGCGCCCUCGCCCAUCUCACUCUCCCACCGUCUCACCCGUUGGGAUGCCCUGUACUUCAUCCACGCCUCCGCCGGCGGGGGUAAGGUGUACGAGCAGGAAUGGGCCUUUGGCCACGGUCUCUCCGGUCUGGUAUCAUUCUUCCUGACACCUCCAACCUCUUCCUCCUCCUCCUCGUCUUCAGAGCGGGCCGUCGCAGCAGGAUGGGAACCUCUCGUCGCCAUCCUCGUGGCCAAUGUCUCCCAUCUCAUCGGAGUCCUGGCACUGUACCACUUCACCGUCGUCGUGUCGCGCAAUAGACGCCUCGCCCUAGUCGCGGCGGCGCUGCACGUCAUCUCCCCGGCGGGAUUGUUCCUGUCCGCGCCUUACGCGGAGAGCACCUACUCGUGCCUCACAUUCCUAGGAAACUGGGCCUUUGCCACGGCGUACAGCAAGGGGGGCGUCACGCGCGGGGCCUACAUCGUCGGUGCGGGCGCCCUGUUUGGCCUGGCCACCGUGUUUCGCAGCAACGGACUCGGCAGCGGCCUGCUGUUUGCCGUCGAGGCGCUGCGUUGCGCUGCAGUCCUUCUCGGCAGACCCAGCCUGCCUGCUGUCGGGGCCCUCAUAGGUCCCAUCAUCGGUGGUCUCUGUGUCGCAGCGGGCGGUGCAGCACCCCAGCUUGCCGCGUGGGUGCGGUACUGCUCUGACGCCGUCGACGCCCGGCCCCUCCGCCCCUGGUGCGCAAAGACUGUACCUAGUAUAUACGGCUUUGUCCAGGAGUACUACUGGAACGUCGGCUUUCUUCGCUACUGGACCUCGAAUCAGAUCCCCCUCUUCGUCCUCGCCUCCCCCGUGCUGGCCCUCCUCAUCGUCUCGGGACUCCAGGUUUCCCAGAACCCGAGAUGGGUCCUGCCCCUCGUCCCUGCUGCCGGUGACGCCCAGCGGAGACUUUUCGUGCGUGCGCUGGCAGGCACCCAGGCCUUCGUCGCCCUGCUGGCCAUUACGAACUACCACGUGCAGAUCGUCAAUAGGCUGUCGUCGGGGUACGUCGUCUGGUACUGGUGGAUUGCUGCCUGGGUCCUCAGCCAGCGUGGUAACAGUGGCGAUGGCAGCUUCGGCUCUGGCGUCGUCAUCUUCUUUGUCAUGUAUGCUGGUAUUCAGGCUUGUCUGUUUGCAUCGUUUCUGCCGCCGGCUUAG